UUAACUAUUACUGGUUGCCCGCUGGCGCAGGCGCUACUUUCUAUCAAUUGCACGUGCGUUUAAGUCGAUUCAGUAGCAUUCGCGCGUCCCGUGAGCAAUCAUGAAUGUCAAUGACCCUGUCAUGUCACAACGGGACGCGAGUGAUUACAGUAUUCAAUUGAAUCGUUGGCUUCUAAAACUGGUGGGCGCUUGGCCAAGUUCAGCCUCGACAACAGUUAGAGAAAAGGUGAUUUCAACAAUACUGAUAAUCAUCUGCUACUCGUUGAUAGCCUACACGGUCAUACCUUGUAUUCUGAAUAUCCUGUUCGAAGAGACCGAUGUGCAGAAAAAAUUAAAAGCUGUUGGUCCAUUAAGUCACUGGUGCAUGGGUGGCAUGAAUUAUUUCUCACUGCUGUUUCGCAGACGCGAUAUAUAUCGUUGCGUGGAGCACGUGAGGACCGAUUGGCGGAUGGUGACAGAGAUAGGAGAUCGUCAAGUGAUGCUCAAAUAUGCUAAAUUUGGUCGUUUUGUCGCUGGGUUGUGCGCAAUUUUCAUGCACGGCGGUGUGUUCUCGCACGGGGUGCUGCGGGGCAUGAUGCCGACAUUUGUAUAUAUCGGAAACGUGAGCGUGUCAGUGCAAGUAUUACCAUGUCCCACGUACAGUAAGUUCGUAGAUAUUACGAAGAGCCCGGCGGGCGAAAUUGCAUUAACUAUGCAGCUCCUCUCGAGCAUUGUCGUCAAUUCCGUCACGGCCGGCGCCUGCGGUCUUGCAGCGGUGUUUGCGAUGCACGCGUGUGGCCAGUUGAAUGUACUGAUGAGAUGGCUGGACCAGUUGGACGAUCGAAAGCAGCAAGAUAUGGUACACCAUCGAUUGGCAAUCAUUGUGGAGCACCAUCUGAGAGUAUUAAGUUUCGUGACACAAAUGGAAGCACUUUUAAAUCAAAUUUGUUUUGUGGAAUUGCUAGGAUGUACGUUUAACUUAUGUAUGAUCGGAUAUUAUGUCAUUACGGGAUGGAACACAGUAGAGACGGCAAUGACAAUAGCUUGUAUGAUGAUUAUAUAUAUAUCCAUGACUUUCAACAUUUUUAUAUUUUGUUAUAUUGGCGAAACGGUAACAGAACAGUGUAAACAAGUAGGGGAAAUAGCUUACAUGACUCAUUGGUAUCGUUUGCCAUAUAAAACGGCUCGAGGUCUGAUCUUAAUUAUCUCCCGAUCGAGUAGUGUGAUCAAAUUAACUGCAGGGAAAUUAGUUCACCUUUCUAUCGCGACUUUUGGUGAUGUGAUAAGAUCCUCCAUGAUAUAUCUAAACAUGCUUCGGACUAUGACAGCUUCUUAG